AUGGCAGCAGAAGCAAGAAGAGCUUUAGAGGCAUUAAUGGGAGCUGAAGCUUUAGGAGGUGUUCCAGAUCAUAUGAGGUACGACGAUGAAAAAAAAAUGGAUCUCGGGGCAUGUCCCAAAAUCCAUUCAGAACGAUUAAAAACUGAAUAUGAAGAAGCAAAACAAAAAAAAGUGUGCGAUUUUGAUUUAGAAUUUGAACGUAAUCUAAGCAAUUUUGUGUCAGAUUGUGAUCGAAAAAUCGCGAGCGCACAGAAACGCUUAGAUAAAACUCCCGAGGAUAGUGCAAAGGUCUCGCAACUGACAAGAGAAAUUGAAAAUCUAUCAACCGAAAUAUCAGAAAUGACUAAAGAAGUAGAAGUUCUUGGGGAAGAGGGCAAAGUCAGUGAAUCGAUGAAAUUAUUGCAGGACGUUGAAGCAAAGAAGACAUUGAAACUCGAAAAAGAGGGUGGGGGUCCUUCUCAGCAGCAAAAAUUGCGAGUUUGUGAAGUAUGCAGUGCCUAUCUAUCGAUAUUUGAUUCGGAUAGACGUUUGGCAGAUCAUUUUGGUGGAAAGAUGCAUCUAGGAUAUUUAAAAAUACGUGAUUUAUUGAAAGAACUCAAGGAAAAACAUAAAGAUCGUCGUAGUGAUUCGAGAGAAGGGCGAGGCUAUCAAGAUCGUGACAGGGAUCGUGGUUAUGACCGUGACAGGCAUGGCCGUAGUGGAAGAUUUGACUAUGAUAGACGACCUACUCGUGAUCACCGCUCGCGAUCAAGAUCUCCUGAUAGACGUGGUGGCAGAAGGAGGUCUCGAAGUCCUCCGAGAAGAAGAUAUUAA